AUGACUAAACUAGAACUGUUCUCAGUGUUAAUUGUUCUUUUGCUCAGCAUAAGCUGUUCAUUUACCGGUGUUAUGUCUUUUGAUGCUCCCACAUCAAUUGGAAAUUAUGAAUAUCCAUACGGUGUAUAUAUUCCGAGCAAUUUCACUAUUCCAGCUGGGAAUGUUUAUAAAUUUAAAUUAUAUUCUGGUGGAUUUGUCUGGCAUAAGUGUAAUACUACUAGUGGUAAAUGGGGUAUUGAUCAAUUUCGCUCGGUAUAUUUUAACCGAAAAGAAGAUCUCUUCCUCUAUCCCUCUUCAGCUGUGGCUGCAUUGGAUUUCAGAGCCGGUGGUGUUACUAUUAGAUCAGUUAUUCCAAAAAAUGAUACUUCAAUAAUGAACGUCAAUGUUGUUAAUACCUCACCAUCAGCUAAUCCGGCGAAAGAUUAUACUUAUGAACUUCUUUUAGCCUCAAAUAACACAGGGGAAGGUGCGCUUAAAGAUAUUACCUAUUUCAUUCUUACAGAACCUAAUGGCGGAGCACCACCACCAGAUAAAGAUUGUGGUAGCACAUAUCCAAAUGGUUAUAUCUAUUCUACCGACUUCACUGCAACUAUGAUAUAUUUCCACCCUGGUUCAAGUUAA